UAUCUGCAGACUUCUACUUCGCUUUCAUCUGUUGAGUGAUUCAAAUGAACCAGUCGCGUCCUUCUCUCAUUACAUCAUUCUUCAAGUCUCCACCAGCCAGCGAGACAAUCAUCAACAGGGCUCCCUCUCUCGAGGGGACCUCCUGCGAUGAUGAGGAGUCACGGAGCAGUGUGGGGGGAGGAGAGGGAGGGGUGCAGUUUGCAGUCAACUUGAACGGUCUUCUGCACAGCUCGCAGCAGGCACUACACGCUCCUCCAGUCGUCACUACCACAAGCUCUAGUCUGGAGAAUGGAGCUCUCUCUCUGUCCACAGUCAGUUCCGGAAUGAGACAGGGAACUCUGACAUGGAACUCGGCCAGUGGAACACUAUCUCUGAAACCAUCAGUUACCGUAGCCAAACAAUCCUCACCUCCUCCAACAUUGGUCCAGAGUGUUGACCACACCUCUCCUCUUCCCUCAAAUAGUGAGGACUGCAGCGGAGGUGAAGCCAGGGAAGUCGCUGUGAACGGAGCUGAUGAAGUGGGCGUGGCACCAGAUAGAGAGGGAGUAAGGAGAAGUAGGCGGAGUCACUGUCAAGAGGUGGACUAUUGUGAGAUUCUGGAAGAUGGCAGUUGUUUAGAGAGGACGAGGAGGAAGAGAGGGGGAACAGUUGUUAGCAGAAGAGAUAAGAGGAGGAAGAGAGAGACGGAGCUGGUGGUGAGGUUCGAGAGAUGUCUUCUGCGUCAUGUUCCCGGCGAGGAGCCCUGUCUCCGUUCAGAACCAGAGUCUGGGAAUGAGGUGGAGGUGACUCUCAGUAUGGAGGGAGAGCUGGACGAGAGUGUCGUGGUACUGUCAACCUCUCCCCCUCCCUCUUCUGCCACACUCUCUGGGCCCUGGGCCAGGAUAUUCAGCAGACCUGUCAACCAAGACUCGUUCUCCUCGUCAGCCAGGCAAACUGCUACCAGAACAGGAACCGAUCCAGGCAGUCCAGUUCGCAGCCCCAGGAAGAGAGUGCAGAGGUCGGCAUCAUGCUCCCCGCGUCGUCUCGCCAGGUCUCCGCGAGCUCCUCGCCACUGCUCCCCUCUCCGGAGUCCUCGCAAGGGAACCAACUCCACCACGGCUGCCAGUCCUCUCAAGAACAGUCUCCAGCCGAGAGUACUGAUGAUACCCCCGUCUGCCAAGAAACCACGCCUCCUGGAGUUCGACCACGCCCCUUUCUCGGGCCUCGUUCACGUGAGACAGGAGAGUGUCUCGGAGCCGUUCUGGACUCUGACCUCUGCCGGAACUGGUCUUAGACCCAUGACUCCGCCCACCGAUAGAGAUCUCUCUCUUCAACCCAGCCUCGGCUCAUGUCUCUCUUUACAUGAUGUCGUUAGAGAAGACCACACCUCCCUGUUGACCCCUGUGACCUCUGCCAAGCAGCGGGCCUCCAUUCUCGAGACUCUAUCCAAUGAGCACCCACAAGAGAGAGUUCACCACUUGUUUAAGAGAUAUCGAAACAUACGAGAGGGUGGGGCUGACCACACCCCCUCAGAAACUCCGCCCACCUCCCACGCUGAACAGGGAAAGAGAACUAGACAGCCGCUGGUGUGCAAGAUCCACAUUCUGAAUGGCAGGAGGGAAAAGGUUAUUAAAGUUGACGAGGGAGUUUAUGGAGGAAAAUCCAACAGAAAGAGAUCACUUCGUCUCAGCAAAAAGAGAAGUAUUUCGCUGACUGAAAAUUCAGUGAGAGAGGGGUUAACCGAGGGAGGUGUUGAAGGAGUUAAGCGGAGAGGGUGUGAGGUGGGAAGAGGAGAGGGGGAGAAGAGGGACGGUGUUCGACAGCGCAGCUGUGACAUGUGGACCGAACUUUACCGACCUCAGUCAAGUUCAGAGGUCAUUGGAAACAAGGUCAAAGUUCAGCAGCUGUACAGUUGGUUACGUAACUGGAGUACCAACAAGCCAAUAGCAGGAGGAGGAGGAGAAGGGAGGGCCCAACCACGGAGUGCGUCGUGUGAGCUGAAGAGAAGUGGGUGCAAGAGAGAAGGUUCGCCGACGCCAGAGUGGGCAUGGGGGAGCCAGGAUUUCCUGUCCCUCUCUCACCUGCGGAGGAAGAUGAGGAGGAGGAAGGUGGAGGGUAGUUCAGACUCCGAGGCUGAGGGGGAGGAGAGUGGGGAAGAGUGUGAGGGUGUGAGUUCGGUGCUGCUGUUGUGUGGAGGAGUGGGGUCGGGGAAGACAGCUGCUGUCCAUGCAUGUGCAGCAGAACUGGGCUGCAAGGUGUUUGAGGUCAACGCCGGCUCAGUAAGGUCGAGGGGAUAUCUACUGGGGACUCUGAAAGAGGCGACUCUCUCUCACCACGUUUCACUCCAACCCUUAGUGGGUGUGGCCAACCAAACUGCCAGUGAGAGAGGGGUUAAAUUAUCCACCAACCCGAAGAAGGAGAAGAAGAAGAAGAUGGGGUUGCUGACGUUCUUCAAACGGGCAGAUCAGAGAGAGGAUGAUGAGGAGAGAGGAGAGGGGAGGAGUGGCAGUCACUGCAGGCCAGUGUCCCUGGAAUCAUCUACUGUCAUCUUACUGGAGGAGGUGGAUGUUCUAUUUGAGAGUGACCGAGGGUUCUGGAGUGGAGUCUAUGACCUCAUCACUACCACCAGACGACCCAUCAUUCUAACCUCCAAUGACUCUAGGUUUGAACUGGACUGUCAUCAUAUCAAGAUAGUGUUUGGUCCACCAUCCCUGGAGGAGCUGGGGAUGCAUAUACAGCUGCUCUGUCUGUCAUGUGACUAUCACAUGACCUCAGACGCUGCGGUACAGCUGGCAGACUCUCUUCACGUCGACAUUCGCCGACUGUUCCUCUGUCUCCAGUUCUGGACGUCCAGUCACACUGAGAGUGUCUGUUGGUCCCUGGCCUCAGGUCUUACUCGUCGUCAUGACGACAGCUCUGAAUCUUCUUCGCUUCCUCCUCUCCUUUCCCUCCCCUGGCGGAGUUCUAAACCACACCCACUCACCUCUGACCUCUACCGAGACAUCGACAUGGCUUCCCAUCAUGCAGAGCAAGACUCGUACCUGGAUGCCAUCUCUAUGGAAACUGCAUCAGAUGAGGGAAGAGAUGACAUCAUCAGCAGGGCGUGGUGGAGGACGAGUGAGGGUGAGAGGGCGGGGCUUCUGGACGAGCUCCCGGAGAGGGUGUGCAGGUGGAGGGAGGAAGAGGUGGGGAGGGGAGUGUGUGAGGAGGUGGAGAGGAGUGGAGGGAGAACGAGGCUUCAUCACGACCCAAUUUCUCACUCCCAGUUCACCAGACGUGUCCAGAGUGUAAGACAGUGUCUGGAGAAGUGUUCCAAAGUGUUUGCUCUGACCAGUACUCCGGUGGGUGUGGUCAGCGACUCCCUCCCUCUGCUGAGGACCAUCUGCAGCAGCGAGACCACCAAGAAACUCAGCCACACCAAGAGGAGGUUUCGGCACUACCUCCAGCAGAAUGCGUCAGUGGAGCAGACUGACUUGGACACCCUGCCUCUGGCCACUAGAUUUCCCUCCACACACAACUGACCCUCUCCUUCUCUCUCUACUUUUUGUUCGUCAUUUUCUGUCAUGACAUUUUGCACCUGGACCCGGAUUGUCGCUCACGCAUGCGCAGAUUAGGUACUCGGUUUAUGAAUAUUCAUGAUACGUGCCGUCAUGAUGGGCGGGGCUAAGGGGAAAUUCGUCACAGAGUUGGAGAUCGAUCAUGGAGAACAGGGAGGCAGAGAAGGUGGUGAUAGAGGUGGAGAGAGAGGAAGAGGAACAGCUCAGGAAGCAGGGUUGGUACCUGGGAAGAGGGACAGAAGAAGUAGCAGCCGCCAUUCUGCUGCGUGGCCAGCGCUCUAACACUUUUACUGUCUACAGAGAUCAAAACGACGACAACUUUACCUACAUUCUCUCGGCCAGGUUCCAUGUGGAGGGAGUGGAUGAGGACAUUCUAGAACACCUCAGAAUAUCACCGACACCAGGAGGACUCUUUCAGAUCCAGGGACAGUCUGAAGAGCACAGCGAUGUCGUAUCAGUUGUCAACAGCUACAUCUCUGGCAGUCAACCUCCCCUCGCCCCUGCGUUAGGGAAGUCAUUUGAGACGCAGCUGAGUGUCCCGGACGACCCUCCCUCCUACAGUCAAGUCGACAGAACUCUGGCUCCAGACAUCACCCCUCUCCCCAGCGUUACUGCCGUCAAAAUCGAGACCGCCAAGGAAGCAAAGACAGGUAGACUGAGUCCUGGAUCAGUACGGAGGACGAGAGGGACUGGGAGAGAGACAGGUAGAGUACAGAGGAUGAGAGGUGGAGGAAGGACUGGGAGAGAGACUCCUGACUAUAUAUCAAAUCCUCACUGGCAUCGCUAUCACGAUCACAGCUGCCUGCACCCCAAAAACUGCCUCCAUUUCUGCUGCUACAGAGACACUUACUGGACCGGACGAAGUUCUUGUAUUAAGGGGCAAGCUAGAGGAGGCGUACAGUCACAAGUGGUACAGUCUGAGAGGGUCAGGACCUCUGAGAGUGGUGGGACUACUAGUCUUAUUCCUCCUCUGCGGACUCUGUAUCGGAUGUGGCGCCUGCUGCUACUAUCUCCUUGUCUUGUGCUGUUUCGUGUGCUUUUACGAAGAAGACAGUUAGUUUUGUACAUCCUCAACUGCGCUGGUUUUUACUUUCAUGUUCUACCGUUUUGCGCAUGCGCCGCCGUCUCGCGUAGAUGGUGGGUGGGGCUGGCUGCAACAAGCGCGCAAACGAGCUCCACCUUCUUCUGCUGCAAAAUGGGAACCAAUGCUGGUUGGCCGGAGGCUUUCGGGUUCAGUGUGAGUGGCGGAGCUCCUGUGGUCAUCAGGACUGUGGAGGAAGGCGGAUCGGCUCAAGCCGUGGGACUACAACCCGGUGACGUCAUUGCCGAACUUGACGGAGAAGACGUUCAGCAAUGGAGCCUUGAACAAGUGAUGUCGAGGGCUCGGAGCUCGGCCAAAGUGCCGCCGAGUCUUGUCGUCAUAUCCCGAGUCCGUCAGUUCAGACUCCGCAGGGACCGAGCCGGAGGCUAUGGCCUCACGGUGCGCGGUGACGGACCCGUCUUCGUGAGGUCUGUGGACGUUCCCAGCCCGGCGAGGGAGGCGGGGCUCCGCUCAGGGGACCUGUUGCUGGAGGUGGACAGUCACAGUGUGAGACAAGCCUCCAAACUGGAGGUGCUGGAGCUGCUGAGGGCCUCUGGAGACGUUCUGGCUCUGACAGUCAUCACUGGAGGACUGGACUGGAGCAUUGCAGCUCCCCCACCUCACCUCUCUUCCCCCUCCACCACCUCUCUUCUCUCUCAGUCUAGACUGAUGAGGAACAAUACCAGGUACCAGAAAGCCGCCACCUUCCACAACAAGGUGAACUAUUACCUGAUGGGAGAGGUCGAGAAGAAGGCACAUCUGAUGACACUCCUGAGACUGUAUGCAGGGUCCAGGGAUGUAGACAGUCUGGUUGGCUCUCUGGACAUUCUGCUGGAGGGACCCAUUCAGAGGAGACUCAUCCCUGCUGUCAGGGAUUUCCUCCAACCACGACACCAGGCAAGAUUUGACACUCUGGUCUCUCCCUCCCUGACCACACCCACUAGGAGAAUGUCUGUUGACGACACCGCAGGGACACGCCCCCUCGGUGACACGAGAGGAGCUCCGUGGGCCUCUAGUCUGCCUUCACUGCAUGUGCCACUCAGUGGAGGCCACAAGAAACUGGUGAAGGUAGAUCGAAGAGGAGGAGGGUUUGGCCUCUCUCUCAGUGGAAAUGCUCCUGUCUUCAUUCGCUCAGUGGACACCGGAGGACCAGCCCAGCUGGCUGGACUCUCCCCUGGUGACACACUCCUAGCUAUCAACGGUCUCAAUGUCAGAACUGCCACCCAUUCCCAUGUGGUUCGUCUCCUGAGAGGCAGCGGACGGUGCCCCUCCCUCCUCGUCUCCUCGGCCACACCCAUCACACCCUCUAGACAUACCCUACGUGGAGUGGGCGGGGCCCCACCACUGUCGACUGGUCCAGGAGUGAGGGAAAGCUUUCGCCAGAAAACGGAGGAAGUUUUGGAGCCGCAGGAGAGAAGAAAGCUAAUGAAGGAACUUGAAAAAUUCUCACAGCAAAAGGACAUCCCCAAAUUAGUGGAAGGGCUGCGGGUGUUGCUGAGCGACCCGGCAAAGAUGCAGCUGUUUCACCACGUGUGUCGACUGUUGCCAGAGGAGACACAGGCUAAGUUUGACCGACUGGCUGCUGCCUCUCUCGCCGGUGGAGCGUCCUCUUUCACUAGUGGAUCCGGCUCUCUUGCUGGAGGUGGUGGAGUGACUAGGAAACAAUCUGGAGAUUUAUUCCAAGAAGCAGAUGUUCUGGAGGACACAGCAAUAGGCAGCGUGGGAGAGGAACUAGGCCAUCUGGGUCCCCUGAUGGAGGAAAACGAGGGGGCCAGGGAGGGAGAGAAAUUGGGCCCCCAGCAGCCACAAGUUGUGAGGCACAAGAAGAGAAGUCAGGACAAUACCCCAGUGAGACUGAAACUUGCUGCUGUGCUGAGUGGCUCUUCGACACCAUUUAAAAGACAUUCCGCCGAAGCCACACCUCCUGCCACACCCAGCAAUGACAUAACUACAUCCACAACACCAGGGACUGUCCCUCCGCCUCCGCCUACCCCUGUGGUAGGUCCAGGGGGAAUCCCCAUCCCUCCCCCUCCUCCCCCUUCCCUCUCGUCCUCGUCCUCCCAACCACACACGAAGAGAGUCAACUGGCAGAAGAUGGCCAGGACCGACGGAACUGUCUGGGGAGAGCUGAGUGGUCUCGAUGAAGCCAUAGAACUGGCUGAACUGGAAUCUCAGUUUGCAUUUCGCAAGUCCAAGGAGUCCUCAGAGACUGUGAAGAACAAGAGACCUACAGUUCUGGACUCCAAGAAAGUCUACAACAUCUCCAUUCUGCUGAAGCACCUGAAGCUGCCGGUCUCGGCCAUCAGAGAGGCAGUUCUCUCCUGCGACCACUCAAUUCUGGGAGAGCAGCACAUUCGACUCAUGGCUGCCUUUGCCCCCGACAAGAGAGAGUGUUUGGGACUGACUCGUUACUAUGACAACAUCUCAGUCCUCAGUCUCCCCGACCAGUUCUCGUGCGAGAUGAGCACGAUCCCAUGCUACGUGGAGCGUCUCCAUGCCAUGCUGUUCAGAAUGCACUAUCAGGAAAAAGUGGACGAAAUGCGACCGGACCUGGAGGCGAUAUGUCAAGCUUCAGUACAGCUACAGAAGAGCAAGCGUUUCAAGAAACUUCUAGAGCUUGUGCUGGCCAUAGGGAACCACAUGAACAUGGGUAACGUGAGGAUCGGGGAGGCCCAGGGGUUCCGUAUUGGGUUCCUGUCCCAGCUGCGUGGACUGAGGACCACUGACGGAAAGUCCACUCUCGUCCAUUUCCUGGCCGGUCUCACUGAGAGGAAGUUUCCUCAGAUCCUGGGUUUCCACGACGACCUGUCAGCCUGCAGCCAGGCUGCCAGAGUGUCAGGCCAAACUCUGGAGGUGGAGAUGAAUGAACUGUCACAAGGACUGAGGGACAUCAAGAGAGACAUUCAUGAAAUUGAUUCCAAAGAUGAGUUGCCCGGAGACCGUUUCCAUGACGUCAUGUCGGAGUUCCUGACAGAAGCAGAGGCUAAGACGUCAGACCUGGUGGAGCUGUAUUCUCGCAUGAGACAAGAGUUUCGCCAGGUGGUUGUCUUCUACGGGGAGGACCCUGCCACAACGAGGAUUGACGACUUCUUCACCAUCUUUGCCGCCUUUACAACUGACUUCAAGAAGGCAGUGAAUGAGAACAGAGAAUCCAGGCAAAGAGAACUGCAGUUGGAAGAGGAGAGGAGACUGGCAGAGCAAGGGACUGCCAGGAGGCGUGGCCGGAGCAACAAGCCACACCCCUCAGACAAGGACCAGUACAGUCAGUUUAAGGAGGAGCUAGAGGGGACCCGUCUGAGACCCAUUCCACCAAGACAGAAACCUGGAAUGGAACUGAGAUCGCAACAGACCAAUUUCAUCCACCUACUGAAACCAGUACGGAAUGGGGCCAGGAAAGCCACGCCCACCAAACAAUCUCCACUUGACGAUGAAACAUUCUUUUGAUUUGUAAUAAUAUACACCAUCGAUUACAAAAGAAGAGAAUUGGUAUGCAAAAAAGCCACUAUCUCUUACACUGUAACAAGUAAUUAGUGCAUAACAAACAAAAACACACACAACAACACUUGACACACACCCAGAAAAUUAAACCUCUGCUAAAAAUACACAAUUUUAUCUUCACGCGAACACUCAGUAACAGCCUGUGAAUCAUUAAGUCGACUAUAAAUCUAGGAGAAAAGUGUGUCAGUGGGGAGUCUAUAGUAUAUCACGAGAGCAGUGGACACAGAAAGGGGCUAGAGAUGCGCGUGGCAGCUGCUGCGCAGUUCACAGCAAGUUGGCCGCCUCCAGGUUCUCACGAAUGAUAGUGUCCAGGACAACGCCAAACACCACCUUGAUGUUGGUGGUGUCGGUUGCCGUGGUGAGGUGAGGAUAUAUAAUCUUCUGCUUGUUGAGAUUUCGCUCCAUGAACUCAGUCUGAAUAAACCUACUGGCCGCCUCCACAUCCCGAUCUGGACCUGCAGACAGUGAGAGAAAAAGUAAUUAACAAAUUCCCCCUCCCUAUGUUAUACAGCCAAGACAACAAGUAUAAAUGGAAAUUUAACCCUCCCCCAAGUCAACACAGGCAGUGGAACCUUAUGCACACCAUGAAACACCAUCAACCAACACUGUUUGUUUACAGCAUGCCGCAGUAUACGGUGGGUGCUAUGCCACAUACUUUACUUAAGGAGCUGCUUGUUUGUGGAUAAGUGGCAAAUGAGGAGGAACAAUUAGAAAGAGGAGACAGAGGGAAGGGGAAACCAGAGAAGGCUGGGGAGAGUAAUUUGAGAAGGAGGGAGAGAGAGAGAUGACACAGGUACAUGGAGUUGGGUUACAGCUGCAGGCGCUGCUGAUACCCAGCCAUCUGGGAACAGCUGGACUCAAGGCCAAGACCACACCUCUUCACUCCCCUCACUGCACCCAGGCUCAGUGCCACUAUACCACAGCCAAUGUGAAUAGCUCUAGCUACAAGACUGCGGGAUGGUGAACAGUGCACAGUGCAUGAAGAAGAGAGACCUGUGU